AUGACAGGAAGGAUUAAUAAUCAUGAGGAGUAUAUAAAGAAUGAGAAAGAAAUAUAUAACGUAAAAGAAUCGGCAAAUGAAAAGGAGAGUGAUAAUAUGAAGAAUGAUGAAUUUGUAAUUUAUAAUGACAAUUUGAAAGAUGUAGAAGAUAUAAAUAAGGAAAAUGUAAAUUAUAUAAAAAGCAUAAAUAAAAUAGAAUGUGAUACAAAUAAUCACAAUAAUAAUAAUAAUAAUUAUUAUAUUAAUAAUGAUAAUAAAUUUUGUAAUGAUCAUAAAAGUUUCGCUUCUUCAUAUAAUUCUCAAAAUUCAGACGUUGUAGGUACUUGUGAAGAAGGAAGCAAUAAGUGUUAUGAACCAUCUAAUAACAUACAUAAUAAUUUUAUAUUAAAUGAAGAUUAUAAGAAUAACACAAAUGAAGAAUAUGAUAAAAUCGAAAGUGCACAAAAUAGUGUAUAUUGCGAACAGGAAAUUAAUAACAAUAUAAAUGAAUCAUAUAAUAAUAUAAAUAAUGAAUGUACACAGAAUUAUAUAAAUAACACCGAAGAAAUAACUAAUCAUAUAAUACUACAGGAAGAAAAAGAAAUGGGAAAUAUAGAAAAAGAAGAACAAGAUAAUGAUAUGUAUAAAGAACAAAAAAUAAAAAGAGAAGAUACAGAAAAUAAAAAUGAAAUGGAUUAUAUAAAGGAUGAAUCAAAUAAUAUUUUUCCAAGCGAUCAGAUUAAUUCUGUAACAAGUGACCAAGAAAUUUAUAUUACAUCAAACGAUAAAAAGAAUAAUUUAACAAAUGAAAAAAAAGUUUAUAUUUCAACAAACGAUAAAAAUAAUGCUGUAAGAAAUGAUAAAACAUUUUACCUCUCAUCAAAUGAUAACCAAAGUGAUUCCUUACCAAAGAAAUCGAUACGAAAUAAUGUUGAAGAAUUUAUAAGAAAACUUAUGGAAAAUGAAGAUAUGGCAAAUAAAUUUAAUGUGUUUCAUAUAGGUAUAAAUAAAAUCGAAGCGCUUAAAGCUUUAUAUAGAGAAUGUAAGAAUAAUUUUAAUAAAAGUUUUAGAGAAAAAAUUAAUAAAUUACAUGAAUUAAGAAAAUAUUAUAAUGAUAGUAUAUUUGAAAGGAAUAUAAGUGUUGAUUAUAUUGCCAAUACAGAAAAAUUGAAUGCUAUAAAAAAAGAAAGAUUGUCAAGAUUAUUUUUAUAUAUUGAAGAUAUACAUAAGUUAAAACAAGCCCUAAAAGUAAAACAACAUAAUGAUAUAGAAUUAGAAAAUGAUGAAAAAAAAGAAUAUUUUUAUGAUGCUUAUGAAGAUAUAGAAGAUUUCUUUAUAUUCGAUCAUGCACUCUCAUAUCUAAAUAAUGAUGUUGAAACAAUUUUUACAGAAUGUGAAAAUUCUUCUUUUUUUAGAGAAGAUUCAAGUAUUGAUAAUUUCUUAGAUGAAGUAAGUAGUAAAGCCGAUGAAGAAUAUAAUAGAUUAAAUAUAUUUGCAAGAUUUUCUUUAAAAAAUUAUUAUUUAUUCGAUAUAAAUAAAAACUUAUGUUCUAUUUAUGCAUUCACACCUAUGAUUAUUAAAAAAUUUGCAGAAAAAAUUAAUUCCUAUAAUUUAACAAAAAAUGAAAAAGACAUAAAUAAUGAUAAUGAUGCUGAACAUGAAAAAAAUGAUAUAGAUUUUACUAUAGAUUCAACCAAUAAUGAAAAACGUAAUAUAUAUGCUAGCUGUGGACUUGAAAGUAAUCAUAAUUUAGAUGCAUACGUACAAUUUCAUUGUGAUAAGUGGCAAGAAAAUAUGUAUGAUGUUGUUGAGGUUAAUAGUCUCGAAUUAGAUUUUAAUAGAUUAAAAUGUAAUAUUAUGUAA